AUUCUCUCUGCACGAAAAAUGAUCCAGUAACUUACCUCAGUGACUUUGGUAACUCGCGCACAACACUGAAAAACACUAUCUACUCUGUUAGAUUAAAUUAGAUCAUCAACACUGACACUAUCAUAGCUGUACGUUCAUUUCCUCUGCAUAGACAGAAAGAAAUGGUAAUCACAAACUUCAACGGAGCCGGCGUCGGAUUUGGUUUCGGUGUUGGUUGCGGUUUCGGUGUAGGAUGGGGUUUCGGAGGUAUGCCAUUGAACUUCUUGGGUCUUGGUGCAGGUGGAGGCUGUGGCGUUGGAGUAGGACUUGGUUGGGGUUUUGGUACUGCUUAUGGUAGCAGGUAUAGGUUGUCAAGGGUAACAUUUCAAGGAAUCGAAUUUGAUCGUAAGGAGAAAAGUGGUAGCACGGAGUUAUCAAAACCCAGUCCAGAAAUAAGAAUUUUCACCCUCUCACAAAUCUCUCAACACAAAUCCAACAAAAACUGUUGGCUUGUCAUCAACGGCAGAGUGUUGGACGUGACGAAGUUUUUGGAGGAACAUCCGGGAGGAGAAGAGGUAAUUCUAGAGGUUGCAGGGAAAGAUGCAACAAAGGAGUUUGAUGCUAUUGGACAUAGUAAAGCAGCUCAAAAAUUAGUCCUGAAACACCAAGUCGGUGUCCUUGAAGGUGCCAAGGUUGAAAAGGUUUAUGAUGAUAACGCUGUUGUUGUGGAAAAGGAAUUUAAGAGGGAAGAAAUGAGUGCUUUUGUAGUCAAAGAUGAUACUAGUUCAAAAACUGCUACAUUUUUGCAGUUCUUUGUUCCUGUCAUUUUUGCUUGUGUCUAUUUUGGUUACAGGGUUAUCACCUCAGGAGACACUGUUGUCUAGUAAACAGAUGGCGAUGCCUGUACUUUAAAAUAAAAUAAAAAAUUAAAUAAUAGUUUUUAAGUUUAAUUUUUGUUAUGUUAUAGAGAAUAUUCAUUAAAAAAAUAAUAUUGGUUGUGGUAUCAUUAAAUAA